ACUAAAUUCAACACGCUGGCAACGCCACCACAAUAAAUAUGUCAAUUUCAAAUUUGUCAGAAAAUAAAACAGAAGGAAAACGCCGUUAGGAUCUUGGCAAAACGUCAAAAACAAUUUUUGAACACAUGGGUAAGGAUUUCUAUAAAACGCUGGGCAUUAGCCGCACAGCCAAUGAUGAUGAAAUCAAAAAGGCCUAUCGCAAAUUGGCUCUCAAAUAUCAUCCGGACAAAAACAAAAGCGCCAAAGCCGAAGAGCGUUUUAAAGAGGUCGCCGAGGCCUAUGAAGUGCUAUCAGACAAAAAGAAACGUGAUAUAUUUGAUCAGUAUGGAGAGGAUGGCCUAAAGCAUGGCAUACCCGGGCACAGCGAUGCCAGCGAGUCUGGUGGUUUUGCUUAUCAAUUUCAUGGGGAUCCACGCGCCACCUUUGCUCAAUUCUUUGGCUCCAGCGACCCCUUCAGCAUGUUCUUUGGUAACGACAUUGAGGAAAUCUUUAUGUCCGAUGAUGGCGCGCCCCGUGGCUUAUUUGCCAGCAUGGGCUUUCAUACACGCGCCGUACAGGAUCCACCCAUUGAGCAUGAGCUGUAUGUAACGCUGGAGGACAUCAACACAGGCUGUCAUAAGAAGAUGCAAGUCUCACGCAUACGCCAGAUCAAUGGGCAGCAACGUAAAGAGAUUAAACUGCUAAAUAUUGAAAUAAAGCCCGGCUGGAAAGCUGGCACCAAGAUUACUUUCACCAAGGAAGGUGACGAGCGACCCAAUCGCAUAGCCGCAGACGUAGUCUUCAUCAUACGUGACAAGCCCCACGCUUUAUUUCGUCGCGAGGGCAGCGACAUUCACUAUACUGCACGCAUUACGCUCAAACAGGCGCUUUGCGGUGUAAGUGUGCAGGUUCCAACGCUAGAAGGCGCCACCCUUAGCUACUGCUCCAACGGCGAAGUGCUCAAUCCACACUCAAUUAAGCGUUUCAAUGAACGCGGUCUGCCCUUUCCGAAGAAUCCUACACAUCGCGGCGCUCUCUGUCUUAGCUUUGAAAUUAGUUUUCCGAAAACUAUUGCCCAGCGUCUGGUAAAGCCGCUCAACGACCUGCUGCCCAAUGCGUAAAUAUGGUGCUUAUGCUUAAGUAAAUUCUUUGUCAUGUGUUGUAAAUAAAUAUAUAUAAAACAUGGACUACAAAUCAAUAAAAGAAAGCAAC